AUGGCUCCACCAGUGCACAAGUGGGCUUUAUCCCGGGAAGAGGAACAGAGUGGUAAGACAUCGAUCUGUGCCUACCUGGGCCUGGUAGGAGGCGACGAUUCUGUCUCGACCUGUACGAGGAGGUGCCUCCUACGAACCUCCAGCUCUCUCCUGCAGCAGAGAGUCUGGAGAGCCGAAAUCGAAUUGGAGAGCCGAAAGCGAAUCAUCGACAUGCGGCCUCUCUUCCCUUACGGCGGUUCCGAACCUCCCUCCUCCUUCUUGCUCGAACACUACGCCAACUACGGUCUAUACCUGACGGGCAUACCGACUGAAAACACCUUAAGAGGAUUUGCGAUAGAAGGGGAACGGGUGUGA